AUGAUAACAACAAAACCUCUGGAUGUACUGUAUGAAGCGCUUGGUGAGGUCAUGUGUGCACAGGAGGAGGACAUGUGCUACAAAACCUACUUACUGCCAACAGGAGAUGCAGUUAGUCUAGCAGAGAAUGUGGCCCUCAUCUCUCAAGGCACCACAGGUCUGGUUACCUGGGAGGCUGCCCUAUACCUGUCUGAAUGGGCGUUGGAAAAUACACACAUCUUUACAAACAAGACGGUUCUAGAGCUGGGUAGCGGAAUUGGACUUACCAUCAUUGUAGUGUGUCGGUCAUCCAGCCUAACCAAAUACAUCUUCAGUGACUGCCAUCAAACUGUGCUUCAGAGGCUGAAGGACAAUAUCACAAACUGCUUAACUAACUGUGACAGUAACAGUGCGUCAGUGUGCGUGGAGGAGCUGGACUGGGAAAAUGUGUCUGAUGAACAGCUGCAAAGAAUACAGGCCAGCACCAUCAUUGCCGCAGAUGUGGUGUAUGAUCCUGAUAUAAUUGCUUGUUUGGUGAGACUGCUGAGCAGGCUUCUGAACUGCAAAGUUCAAGAAGAACAUCCUGAUGUUUACAUUGCAUCUACUGUACGUAACCCACAGACGUAUGACUGCUUCAAGAAAGAAUUAGAAAUGGACUGAGACAUGUUGUUAUGAAAGAUUCUGUUCCUCAAGUAUUUCCAUACAACCGAGCCUCC